CUCUCAGCAGAAAGCAGUGCUGUUAAAGGUCCGGCGGCCUCCAAGAAACCGAAGCAGGAGAAACAGCGCCUCCGUAAGGACAGAGCAGCACAGCACAGCUUCAUCCACCCGCUGCUGGCAGCCUCACUGAAGAGCCACAGCGGGAACGUGACGUGCCUUGAUUUUAGCAGCAACGGGAAGUACUUGGCGUCAUGCGCCGACGACCGCACCGUCCGGAUCUGGAGCACCAAAGACUUCCUGGAGCGGGAGCACAAGUGCCUGAGGGCCAACGUGGAGCUGGAUCACGCCACGUUGGUCCGCUUCAGCCCGGACUCCAGGGCGUUUAUCACCUGGUUGGCCAAUGGAGACACUAUCCGAAUCUUCAAAAUGAUCAAGAAGGAGGACGGCACUUUAACCUUCAAAGCUGCUCCUGAGGACUUCCCACAGAAACACAAAGCCCCCAUCCUCAACAUCGGCAUCGCAGAGACAGGCAAGUUCAUCAUGAGCGCCUCCACCGACACCAGCAUCCACAUCUGGGACCUGAAAGGAGAGGUACUGGCCUCUAUCAACACUAACCAGAUUACCAAUUCAUACGCUGCCAUCUCCCCAUGUGGCAGGUUCGUAGCGUCGUGCGGUUUCACUCCUGACGUGAAGGUGUGGGAGGUUUGCUUCGGGAAGGGAGGAGAGUUCAGAGAGGUGGCGAGAGCCUUCGACCUGAAGGGCCACUCUGCAGGAGUUCACGCGUUCGGCUUCUCCAACGACUCACACAGAAUGGUGACUGUCUCCAAAGACGGCACGUGGAAGCUGUGGAAUACUGAUGUGGAGUACAAGAAGCAGCAGGACCCGUACCUCCUGAAGACCGUCCCCUGCGCGUCCUCCGACGGCAGCCGGGUGGCUCUGUCCCCGGACGGCCGGGUGGUGGCGGUGAGUGACGGCUCCAACGUGGCGAUGUACAACGCUGCCAGCGGCGAGCUGGAGGAGGAGCUGCACGGCGUCCACAGCGGGAAGAUCGACGACCUUAGAUUUGACGUUAACGGGCGAUUCUUGGCGUGCUGCGGCGACAAGGCCAUCCGAGUGUUUCACAACGCCCCGGGCUACCGGGCCGCCAUCAGAGACAUGCAGGACAUGCUGAAGAAGGCCCAGAACGAGGCGAUGAAGCAGAGACUGCAGCAGCAGAUCAAAGAGGCUCAGAGCGCCUUGGACACUGUGCUGGCUGGUCCCAUCGAAUGAACCACUGUACGACUGUUUCCUGUCUGACUGCUUCCUUUUUCAACCUCAGCUCUCCCUCUCUGGUCAGGGAAUAAUGGAAUGCAUGCAGUUUUAAUAAAGAAUAUCUUUUUAUGCAAAGAUAAAAGCG